CUUUUCCCCCACACCCCAACCAACAUUUUUCAUUUUCCUCCCAACCCAAAACCCUAACUACUAAGUAACUCGUCUCCCUAGCAGGCGUAGCAGCGACCCAAACUCCCAAAGUCACAUCUGCGAUCUGCCACUGACCAGCCGCCAGCGACGCUGCGACGCUGCGACGACGGCCCACGGCCAAUCCCCACCGCGACGGCGACCAGCACGGCAGCACCCAUCAGGCAGUUCGCACUUCGCAAGGGUUGGAAUCCUGGAUACGCCACUGCAUGGAGGCGCAAAGCAAUGUCGAUGAAGCGCCGAAACAGAGGACUAAACACAAGGGUAAACACGACAAAGAUAAGCCAUGGGAUGACCCGAGUAUCGACCAUUGGAAAGUUGAAAAAUUCGACCCUUCUUGGAAUGAAACUGGCAUGCUCGAAGUCAGCUCCUUCUCUACCAUUUCCCCCAAAUUUGCAGAAAAAUAUUUGCAAGAUGUUUGGCCAACUGUGAAGGCUGCUUUGCGUGAGCAUGGUAUUGCAUGUGAGCUUAAUUUGGUUGAAGGAACUAUGACUGUUUCAACAACUAGGAAGACCAGAGAUCCAUACAUUAUAGUGAAAUCAAGGGACCUCAUUAAACUUUUAUCAAGAAGCGUUCCUGCACCUCAGGCAAUCAAGAUAUUGGAUGAUGAAAUGCAAUGUGACAUAAUCAAGAUUGGUAAUUUAGUGAGAAAUAAGGCUCGCUUUGUCAAACGGCGGCAACAUCUUCUUGGUCCUAACAAUUCUACUUUGAAGGCACUUGAAAUCUUGACAGGCUGCUACAUCCUUGUUCAGGGAAACACAGUAGCAUCUAUGGGAUCUUUUAAAGGAUUGAAACAAGUCAGAAGAAUUGUAGAAGACUGCAUACAGAACAAAAUGCAUCCAAUAUAUCAUAUCAAGAUUCUCAUGAUGAAGAAGGAACUCGCCAAGGAUCCCACCCUUGAAAACGAGAAUUGGGAUAGGUUUCUGCCGCAGUUCAAAAAGAAGAAUGUUCAGAAGAAGAAAGGUAAGGGUAAGGAGAAGAAACCGUAUACGCCAUUCCCCCCUCCACAACAGCCUAGCAAGAUUGACCAACAACUGGAGACUGGCGAGUACUUCUUGAGUGAGGAAAAGAAGUCGGCGAAGAAGUGGCAAGAAAAGGAAGUAAAACAGGCUGAGAAAUCAGCUGAAAACAAACGAAAAAGAGAGGCUGCCUUUAUUCCACCUGAGGAGCCUGUGAUGCAAGGCCAUAAGAGUUCAACAGAUGAUAAAACUGAUGUCAACGCCAUGGCACAGUCAUUGAAGCAAAAAGCAAAAGAAAUUGUGAAGCAGAAAAAUGUCAAGAAUCUGGAUCCUCAAGCUUAUAUAGCUGGUUCAGAAGCACCACCCUCAAAGAAAAAGAUGAAGAAGUCCAAAUCUUAACCGAUGAAUCUUGGACUUCUUGUCAUUGAUUGUCCAACAUACUGAACAUCGUUUCACUGAGUAGUCCAUGUUUGUCAAUUUUGAUCUCAGUGAGACUAACUUAAAGCGUGAACAUUAGAUUAGGUCAAUGUGGAUUUCAUAGUCCAAAAGUCCAACUCCAGUUUGUAAUCAAGAAAAAGAAAUCUUCCAUCCAAAACCCAGCCAGAUGUCUUCACUUCACCGUAUUUUCUAAAUUUAUAGUAAACCUGGGUGUUUCAUCGUCCAAACACUUCUAUUUAUUUGACAAUAUAAGGAGACACUUUUGCCUAAAUGAACAAAUUUUUGUACUCAA